AUGUCUCUGCCAGGCCAUGACGACAAUGACAGCGCUGUGGACUCGGCUACUUUUCUUGCUACCGCCAUCAGAGAGCUGGCCAGUCUGAAUGUGACGCUCUACGAGCACGCUGCCAAAAUUCCUUCCCUGCCCAUGGCAGACGCUAAUUCUCCAGAGAAAGCAUCGGGUGGUGCACGUAGCUCACAGAGAACGACUCUCUUUGCUAUCGAUGAGACUUUCCAUCCUAUCGAGAAACUCAUUGAUGGUGUCAAUCUCUUCUCUCAUGCAGCAACCAAUACACCAGCAAGAUCUUCAACCAGCACAAAGCCAUUGGACACUGAUCAGGGCAUGAUGAUCUGUCAUCUGCCCCUUGCACCCAACCGCUUGGAUGGUUUCACUUACAAUUUACAAUCAACUCGUCGAGGCGAUGAGACAGGGAUCUGCUCUCAAGAUCCUGCCCGGCGCAGUGACCAAGAGCAGAAUCUACCGGUCCAAAGCGAGAAGGAAGAUGAAGAUGUUGCACCUCAAGAGUCCACAUGA